AGCUCAGCUCAGCUCAGCUCAGCAGGUACCAGCAGCUGGACCAGGCCCUGGGAUAGAACUGCACUGGACUGAACCGUCCUGGACUGUCAUUGUUUUCCUGCUUUAAACAGAAAAGACUGAAUCAUGUGUUCAGGGAAUUUCGCCAAGUGCUUGGGGAUCACCCUGAUCCCUCUGGCUAUCCUGUGCUUCCUCUGCAACGUCCUGCUCUUCUUCCCUGGAGGUAAAACUGCUGCCAACAAUGAGGACAUCACAGACGAGGUCUGGUUCUUCGGGGGCAUUUUGGGCUCCUGUGCUCUGAUGAUUUUCCCAGCGCUGGUCUUCCUGGGCCUGAAGAACAAUGACUGCUGUGGCUGCUGUGGCAAUGAGAGCUGCGGAAAAAGAUUUGCGAUGUUCUUCUCCAUUAUCUUUGCUGGAAUUGGGCUCCUGGGUGCUGGUUACUCCUUCAUUGUGUCAGCGGUUGCAAUUAAUCGGGGACCCAAGUGUGUAACAGCUUAUUCCAACGGCACAUUUGUGUACCCCUUCCAUGAUGGUAACUACCUGUCGAACAACACCAUGUGGGACGAGUGCAAGGCGCCCUCAGGAAUCGUGACCUGGCACCUGACUCUCUUCUCCAUGCUGCUGAUCAUGGGUCUGGUGCAGGUGGCUCUGUGCGCCUUCCAGGUCAUCAACGGUGUGAUCGGGACGAUCUGCGGGGACUGCUGCGGCUGCUGCGGGGAUGGAAAGUAAACCCCUGUGAAGAAGUGAUGAGAUUUAAUGCCAGAAGAAUUCAUUAAUAACAAUAAUAUUCACUUUCAUUUUCUCAUGAAUCUAUUACAUUCUAUUUAUACUGAUGCUCAUUCUCUCAUCCACCACUGCGCAGGUUUUGCAGUGCACACCGCCUCCGCUCUAUCUCUCUUUUGCCUGAAGGCUGGGCUUAUGAAAGCAAAAGAGAUAUGUCAUAUAUUUAUUUGAAUUAUUUACAUUUGCUUUUACAUUUUAAGAGAUUUAUUUCUUUUUUCCCUUUUGUUUAUUAAAAAAUAAGACCUGAAAGUGCUUUUGAGGGCUAAUAUACUAUGUAUAUGUAUAUUAUAUAAUAUAGUAUAUGUUGUUUUUGUUUUUACACAGAAUCACAGCAAUCACUGGACUAGAUUGAUGUAAAAUCACUAGCUUUUGCACAUAUUUUUCAGUAAUAAAAAUAAUUCAAAGUUAAA